AAAAGAGGGGGGGAUGACAGCGACUCUCUCUCUCUCUCUUCUGUAGUGCGUCCUCUGCACAGGCAGACCCAUAAACCCUCAGAUACACUCUUGCCAAUCCUCAGCAACCUACACUCCGCGAGAUCGCAGAAUCAACUGAUCAGAGAAACUCUUCACAACACCACAGGUUACUGCCCAGGAUGGCGGGGAUGAAGGAACAGCAGUUCCCUGAGGAAAAGCCAUUGCUCCCAGAACCAAGAGCAACUGAUUCAGACAUGCAGGAAAAAGGAGAUGAGGCAUCAGGAGGGCAGCCACGCCCUUCCAGCCCUAAGCCCCUCAACAACCCUCCUUCCCACAGUCGUUCCACUCAUCGUUGGCAUGUCAUCGCACGACACUGGCUCCGUCAGACCCGUAGUCGGACAAGCGGGACGCUCCCGGAGAACUGUGAACAGCUGAUGCCAGUAGGCGAUUGGAAGGAACAUGAUGUUGAGACCCCUUAUGGGAUGCUCCAUGUUGUUAUUCGUGGGGCACCCAAAGGGAACAAGCCCGCUAUCCUCACCUAUCACGAUGUGGGACUGAACCACAAGCUGUGCUUCAACUCUUUCUUCAAUAAUGAGGAUAUGCAGGAGAUCACCAAGCACUUUGUGGUUUGCCACGUCGAUGCUCCGGGACAGCAGAUUGGAGCGUCACAGUUGCCACAAGGGUACCAGUAUCCUACGAUGGACCAGUUGGCGAGCAUGUUGUCAACUGUGGUGCAGCAUUUUGGAUUCAAGAGUAUCGUUGGUAUUGGAGUUGGAGCUGGAUCAUACAUCCUGGCUAAGUUUGCUCUGAUAUUCCCUGACCUUGUGGAGGGUUUGGUUCUGCUAAACAUUGACCCCAAUGGCAAAGGAUGGAUUGACUGGGCUGCUACAAAGCUGUCAGGACUGACAAGCGCACUACCAGAUACUGUACUGCCACAUCUUUUCAGUCAGGAGGAGCUAAUGAACAACACAGAGCUGGUGCAGAGCUAUCGGCAACAGAUUAACAACACCAUCAACCAGUUCAACUUGCAGCUGUUCUGGAACAUGUAUAACAGUCGAAGGGACUUGGAGAUGAACCGGAGUGGGACUACGCUGAAUGCCAAAACUCUGAAGUGUCCAGUUAUGUUGGUUGUGGGAGACAAUGCCCCUGCUGAGGAAGGCGUGGUUGAGUGCAACUCGAAGCUUGACCCGACCAACACCACUUUCCUAAAGAUGGCAGACUCUGGUGGACUACCCCAGCUAACACAGCCUGGAAAGCUCACUGAAGCAUUCAAGUACUUCCUUCAAGGAAUGGGCUACAUUGCUUAUGUGAAGGAUCGGAGGUUGAGUGGAGGGCCAGUGCCCUCUGCUAGUAUGACUCGCCUGGCUCGCUCCAGGACUGCCUCCCUGACAAGCGCCAGCUCCAUGGACGGAUCACGCUCUCGUACCUGCACCCACUCUGACAGCACCGAAGGAGUUGGUGCAGUCACUCACACUAUGGAAGUUUCUUGUUGAGGCCUCAAAGGAAGAGGAGAAGAAGGGGUGAAGGACGGAGAGAGAAGCCAUAGGGAGUAAGAGUAAAGUGGGGUAUUAAAAGUUUUAUUUGGCAGAAUGAAGUAAAUAGCCAUGAUUCUCUCUCUCUGUCUUCAUCCUCUAGAUCCUUUGUCUGCUUUCCUCUAUCCCCGUAUAGUGUUUAACGUCAUACACUCAUCAUGGGCAGGAAUGUAAUCUUCAUUUUGUACCUUCUAAAUGACUGAUUUUAGGUUUUCUUUAAGCAUAGCAAAUUGACGAUAGGCAAGAAGCCAGGUACAACAUGAACCGAUAGCUACCCAAGCUCUGAUAUAGUGUUUAGAUACACGAUUGUUAGCUAAAUCUUUUAAAAGAUGGCAAUAAGGGAUCUCUCUCUUGUCUAAGUCAAACUGCUAGUUUUUUCUUGUCAUCACAAUUGACUGCAGCAGGUGUUUGCUUUGAAAUUAUUGACCCAUUGAACAUUAAAUUAGCGAAUGUUCAAAUAUCCAGCAAGAAUGACAGAAGCUUGCAUUUUAUUAUAAAUAUCUAGUUGCAGGGAAACUUGCUAAGGCCAAAAGUGGGUAGUAACGCAAUACAUUUACGCCGUUUUAUUGAGUAACUUUUUGAAAAAAAUGUACUUCUAAUAAAUAUCUGGUUGCUCGGAAAACUUGCUAAGGCCAAAAGUGGAAAGUAACGGGUUGCAUUUACGCAGUUCAAUUUUCUUUAGUAACUUUUGGUGAAAAAUGUUCUUCCAAGAAUAGGUUUACCGCACCAUACUUUGUACCGUUACUUAAGUCGAUUUGUGAAAAACAACUGUUACUCUCGCGCUGCUACUUUGGGCUACACUAGGUCAUUACAUUUUCCCUUUUUAUUCUACAUAUUCAAUUUGACUUUAUUUUUGCCUGCAGUGGCUCGACCAGUUUCACCAAUGAAACAUCGCAACAAUAAUCUCAUGACUCCAAAAUACCAAUCAGACUUAACAAUACAGUGACAUAAUUACACACAAGCUUGCAGUCGGAAGUCCUGUUCAAUCACGUAGUGUCUUUAAAGCGCCGAAAGCAUAAACUACUUCAUAAUGAGUACUGCUGUCAGCAUUACUUGACUACGGAAAACCAGAGAUAAGAUUGUUUUAAUUCUAUAGCAUAAAAUGUUUUUUCCACUAGAGGGCACUCAUGCUCUUUGGAUGGGUGAUGUGUCUUUCUGUAGAUUUUUCUAGUGGUAUUUGAGAAUUUGUUUGCAAUUUUUUGGGCAUAAUAUGGUCAUCUGAUAGGUUCUAAUACAGUGUAAUAAUAACAGUUCAUAUAAAUGACGUGCUGAGGGGAAAAAAUACCAUUAAAUACUCCCAAAAAAAUCUGACAUUGUAAGCAUUUACUCACUACUUGAGUAUUCAUUUUUCUGAAUACCAUUUUUAAUUGUACUUGAGUAACAUUUUCGGACGACUACCUUUACUUCAGUAAUAUUAUUUUGAAGUGACGCUACUCUUACUUGAAUAAAAUGUUUGGCUACUCUACUAACUUCUGAUCAUAUGACUCCCCCACACACGCAAAGUAAGGAGGGAUAAUGUGGCGAGUAAACAUUUUGGCUGCCCACCACUGGCACAUUUUAACACAUUUUAGUGGUUGUCGUUUUACUACGCAUAUUUGGGCCUGUCUGUACUAUAUAAUUGUAUAACUGUUUUAUAUCCGCCCAAUUUUAUUUUUUGAAAACUCUGUAAAGAUGAAAAGUUCAAAUCAGUCAUUAAAAUUAUAGGCAUGUCCAUGAUGAGUGUUUGUAAACAUCAGUGCUCAAUUUUAUCUAUUACAACUCCACCUUCACAAUUCUUGUCACCCAGCACUUAAAUUUGUACCCUUGACUAUCUCAUAGUUGUGUUUGCUAAGUAUCCCCAUUAUUGGCUUGGGCCCCUUUCAACCCCCCACCCCCUCACUCAUACACACAAACACACAUUAACCAUUUCUGUAGCAAUAUUCAAUGAAGAGCUGCUGAACUUAUGAUAUAAAAGAAAAUGCGAUGGAGUCGAGGAACAUGUAAGGGGCUCUAAAACGGUUUCUUAUAAGCACUUUACACAGUGGACACCAGAGGUUCAGAAUAUGACAGACAGCAGAACACAGCCAACUGUAUUGUCCAAGUAGUGCUUAGACUAAGGGUAAUUAUUAGCUUGUUAGCAUGAUCGGUAGAUGAUACAGGCACAACACUGCUUUAAAGCUCCACUCAGUUGUGUGUUAUGAGUUGUACAGAUUAGUCGAAUUGUCCACUCAGAAAAGGAUCUUUGCUUGAGGAGGAUGCAGAGCUUCACGUAUGUUCUGUGUAAAUUCCGUGUGCGAGCUGUCCGUUGUGGGUGAAUUUAUAUUAUUAUUUCGAAGAAUUCCCUGCCACCGUUAUUUUUUGAAGGUACUGUACAGGAAAAAAAUGUCAUCAUCAACUUGUCAAAAAUGACUUAACUAUAAGCUUUUACUUCUUUUCAGUAGUAGGCCUAUAUUUUUUCAAUCACCUGCCCUAAUUGCACCCAAAGAAUAUAGCUGGUACAAACAUAUUAUGGACCCUAAAAUCAAUUUAUGCAUGCCAAUACUGAGCUCAGCUUUAAAGCGUGCCAUUCUAAGUCCAAGACAAUCCGCGAUAGUAAUAGAGUAUAGAUAUGUAUUUAGUAACAUCUGUAUGCAUGUGAUGUGUAGAGUGCUUAAGUAUUUUGGUAGAGUCUAAUUACAGUAUUAAGUGUUAGACGUCACAUGUGGUUACUUCAAUACAGCCAUUGUUUUAACUACCUUCGUCAGUCUGUAGCUUCACUGCAUGAUUGUAUUUCUGAUUGUAGUCAACUCUUUGUGGUCUCCACGAUAACAUUAACAUUCUGAUCCAAACCAAAUACUACUAGGCUUGCCCCACUCCCAAAAUUCGUAUCUUGCUUUCCUUAUUGCAACUAGGGCCUAUAAAUGUAAAUAUAAAGUCGCAUUUUCCUGCCUAAUAACAACUGCACGGGCUAGGUCAGGGGUCAGCAACCUUUAACAUUCAAAGAGUGUUGGUGCGAAUAGGUCAGAAGUCCUUUUUGUCUGAGUGAGUAAAAAAAAAAAAUCAAGGUUUUAAAAUGUGAUUCCAUGAACUCUUAAGGUUGAUGUAUGCUUCUACGCCGUUAACGCAGACCCUACCCUGUAGCCUGAUGUGCGCCUCCAAAAAAUCCUGACUAUGUAUUAUGUCAACAUGUCGUAACGUGAACGUCCAAGGACUGUGAUGUGUCCGCUCAAAACGUUGUUUCCGGUGAAGCAUAACACUGCCAUUUUCAAACACACGCAAAAGUCCUCUGUAUUGCCUAUGCUUUAACAUUUGAUUUAACAACAUUUGUUGUUCAAUAUUGAUGUGCUGCAGCCGCAAAUACACACGUUCCAUCUCAGUUGCUAUGGCUGUCUAUGACCGUAAGAAAACCAAAGGAAUUCGACAAAGUCCCCCAAAACCGUAUAAAGACAAAGCCACACCCUUCUAGUGGCUUGGCUGUGAAUUACAGAACAACGUGUUCCCUUGACACAGAACUUCGAAUGCUCAAUGAUGACCUAGUGUCAUCGCCGUCACCGCAACGCAGAAGAAUAAUUCAGCCGUUAUGCACAUGAUGAAUUCACCAACUAUGUAAAGUGACAGUUUCAUUUGGAAAUUGUACCCAUAAAUCUUUGCACCGUUCACACUAAUGGCGCCGCUAGAGAUACCGCUAAAGGCACUGCCUGUCUCCAUGUCUGCUUUUUGGCGCCAUUUUCAAUUAAACCGUGCAGGAUAUGAAUGGUGAAUUCAUUACCUCCCUGAGUGUUCUGCUAAUAAAGCUAUCUAAAAAGCAAGCGCGGCACUGUGGCCAAUUGGAUAGCACAGGGGUGGGCAAAACGGUCCUCAAGGAUCGAAGUGGGUCUUUGGUCCAAUUGAUCCAGCACAGACAGUUUAACCAAGGACGUUUCUGCUGAAACAAGAAGCACCUGAUUGCGCUUUCAAGACACCAGAUUGGUAAAAGGUUUCCUCUUGAUGAGUUGGAACAGAAACCCGCAACCACUGCAGCCCUUUGUGGAAUAGUUUGCCUACUCCUGGUUUAGCACGUCCGUCAGCACUUAACAGUUCUGAGAUUGAUAGUUGGGCUGUGGCCUUCUUGUGUGGAGUUUGCAUUUUCUCUCCGUACCUGCGUGGGUUUUCUCCAGUUUCCUUCUACAUCCCCAAAAAAAUUCACGGUAGGCUGAUUGGACACUCCAAAUUAGGAGUAACUAGGAAAACUAGGAAUGAGAGUGCGCAUGAAUGAUUGUCCGUUUCCUUGUGCCGUGCGAUUGACUGGCAACCAGCUCAGGGUGUACCCCGCCUACUGGGAAAGGAAAAUGAAUGAAAAAAAAUGUAAGCCUGACUAAAGGUUGUUUCAAACUAGUGGCAGCCUAGUGUUAGGGUUCAGUGGCAACCCAUUCAUUGUGUAUGUGGGAGGGGACUUCUCAGCAAAAGUGAGGCGGCCGUUUUGGGCGGAACGGCAAGUUUAAUGAAUUUGCGCCGAGAGGUGGGACCCGAAAUAGAGUCUUGCUCUAUUUUCAAAGAGCCACAGCACUGACAUCAACAACGCAUCCAAUAGCAGAGAAGCAGGCGUACUUAUAUCUGUGCUAUCAGGCUGUUUCAGAAGACGGAUAUACGCAAACCACGGCCGACGAAACUUUGAUAAAUGCGCUUUUUAAAACUUUUGCGAGCACUGAGACACUCGAAAAAUGGCUCUCAUACAUCUUCUUGCUCAGCUAAAUGGUACCUCGAUGUGCGUUGAUGUGGAAAUGUAGUUCACGAACAACAACAAAAACUAUUCCCCUUCUCAUCAAGACUAGUAAAACUCUUUACACUGCUAUUAUAAUGCCCCCUAGUCCUUGAAACAGGAAAAGUCCCUGUAUUCUUGUGCAACAAGGAAAAAUAAACGCAUUGGUGCUAGGGACUAUAGAAGAAUAAGCUUUUCACUUCCUGACAGCGUCUACGUCAGGCUACAUGGUUCCUCUUUUUUUGCGCUUGCCGUGGACGGCUCUUGACACUGGGCGGACACUAGUGUGAAAAGGCGUUUAGUCUUAAGGGAAGCUGAAUUCCAUAGUUAAACUGGUAAGCUUCACAAUACAGGGUGUUCCAAAUCUUUGAACCCAUUUCGUAGGCCAAUAGUUUUGACAAUCUACGUUGGAAUGACCUCAAAUUUUCACAGCUUGUGUAGAUUCAAGUUUUUGUGUGUAACAUUUGGCAUUUCUAUCUUUUCAGGUUAAGAAAUGCUGUUCACUUCAAAAGAAAAGGCAUUUUGCGUGUUAGAGCAUGCUCGAACUCAGUAACCGAAGACAGUGCAGCGUGCCUUCUUCACAAAUUUUGCAAAGAAGCCACCAAUGACAAAACAAAAUAGGACUUGGAACCAAAAAUUUCAAGAAAUUUUAGCGAGUUUGACACAAGCACAAAUACCGACUCGACGUGUACAGAGUCACAGGCGGCGCUCAUAUUGAACAUUUAUGAAAAUCUGUCAUAGAACCAACAAAUAAUUGUACUUUUCUUUGUAAUUUUAACCAAUAAAAUGUAUGACCUUCAACAUAAAGUUUAUUCAGUUUCAUUAAGAUCCAUCAAGUAUUUUCUGAGAUAUGGGCAUUUAGAAUGGGGUCAACCAUUUUGGAACACCCUGUAUAUUUAAAUCAAAUGAUCAUUUUUAUUAGUUUAAAAAACUGAGCUGCAUUCGAGUGAUCAAAGAAGGGCAUACGCCAUAAGAGCUGCUGGUUGCCGACCCCUGGUCUAAAUGUUGAAAGGGAACUAAGAUCCGGGAGAAAAUGGCGUAGUCACAAACAUUGGUGUAAUUCAUCACUUCAGUAGAGGGUCAGUAUUUAUUUUGAUGUUCCAUACGACUACAACUCAUCAAUAUACUUUUUACAUGUAUGUAUUUAGAACAUUAGAAUCGGGAAGUUGUGUGCUGUUGCCUGCUCUUAUACUGGACCGCCACAGGUCCCUUGAUUUUUUUCAAUUUAUUAAUGUACAGCGGCGAUGCGCCACAGUCGCCAUGCAAUGUCACCUGUUACUGAAAUACUUUGGUCAGGUCAGGCAUAGCUUUCAUUUGCUGAGGUGUGCACAUCUCUGAGAUGUCCUGUGAGAGGCGGGGCUGUUUUGGAGCCAUUUGGGCACCAAGCUCAGAAUGUAGGGCAAUCCCCAACCACCUUAAAAAAAAACCCACUCCCUAAAAAGGUGCCCCGGUUCUCACAGGUGUACCCAGAUGCACCCUAAAGGGCUAUCAGCUGAAGUCACUUUUAUAGAAAUGUCUGCUACUGGAUGUGAAUCUGAGGGACUGACACAGACAGAAAGGAGAAUGUGAUUGUGUUGACGUAGAACAGCAAAUUGUCUUGGAAGGUUACAUUUGAAACUGUACAAAUCAAAGUAACGUUCAUGAUUCAUUACCAUGUGAAGUGUCGAUGUUAGGAUUGGAUAUUGCAUGGAAAACAAGCACCUCAAUCAUUUGCAUGGAGUGGAGAGGUUGUAAAAAGGCAACUUUCAACACAAACUGCCCAGGGGGCGGGGGGUUAUGGGGAUAUGGUGUUUUCCUGAAUGUAUUUUGUCUGUAUUUUGAAGUGCUGUACAGUAUUGUCACCCUAUACCUUAUUCUCCCAGAUUUUCUGCACUAUACUUUGUACCUCCACCUGAGCCAACAAUAAAGAUGUUUCUGUAUGGUUUUCCCUCUAAAAAUAUUUAAGGAACUGAAUGAGUUGAGACCUGGGCCCUCCUUGCACUUGUAGAUAAUUUUUAUUUUUAGAGCAGGUUACUAAUGCCAAACACUAAUGUUAUAUUUUAGUGAAAUGUUUGUUCUUUUUGCCUUUGUUUUUAAACACCGUUUAAAAAAAAAAAAAGGGAGAAAAAAAAAGUCAAACUUUAGUAAAGUGAUUGUUUGUUCAUCAGUAUUACUAGAGUUAUUGUAUUGUUGUCAUUAAGAGUCAUUUUUAAUUGAGCAAUAAGUAUUUUUUUCUUGUUUGGAUUGUUUCAUAAUGUCUUCCCUAUGAGCAGUCACAACAGUAGACAAAUUCUUACCUGCUUGGGUGUCAUGUGUAAAGUUUUAAAUAUGUAACAAAUAUAUACACAACAUAAGCUGUCAUUGUCCAUGUACUAACCAAGUAACUAGUUAUAAAAUAAAAACAAUGUCAGAAUUUACAGAGUCCUA